UCCUAUUCGAUUUUUAUUCCAACGUCAUUCGUUUUUCAGCCUUCUUGUGAAGUGCAGGUGUUCUCAUUGAGUUGUGACCGAAAUUUGUGAAAAGUAGUUAAAUUUAAUUCAAUAUACUUUACUAGAUUUCGUCUGUUUUCGGAAUUUCUCACAGAACCCGCUGGAGUUGGCCAGGUUUAAUGAGGACGGCUGAUGAGUAGCAUCCGGUCAGGCGACAGAGAUCGUAUUACUGUGAAGAUACGUAACAUGAAACGUAGUGUCUCGCGUGAUUCUCCACCAAGAUCAAAGAGACGCGGAAGUAUUGGACGUUACGAAGGCAGCUCAGACGAACGCAUCACCCCCGAUAGAAUGCGGCGACGUGUGGCAAGAUCACCAAGCCCCCGCGUGGCAAGCGCUCGCUAUGCCUCUCCUCAUCGCGAGGAAUACACUCGCAGUACACGCGAAAGUGCGAAUGAACGUUAUUCAUACAAGGUAUUAUGCGUAAGUGCACUGCAUCCGAAAGCAUCGGAUGAGGUUAUUAAAGAAACAUUGUAUCGCGAAUACAAGAAAUUUGGAGACUUUAGCAUUCGCAUUUCGCAUGAUUUGGACGAACGUGUAGCGUAUGUUUGCUUCCGUACGUCGGAAGAUGCCCGAGACGCGAAACAUGCCAAGUCUCGGAUCGUCUUGUAUGAUAAAGUAGCUCUGGUCGAGCCAGUCUAUGAGUCGGCAAAGACCGAAUCAUAUCGCAGACCACGUUCUUCCUCGCCACAGGAAUAUGAUCGUCAUUACUAUGCGCGCUCACCCGGAGUGCCACCACCUGAGCGAAGACGUCCAGAGCAUCAUCCAUACGAUGGGUAUGGUCCUCCGCCAGGUCGUAUGCACCAUCCAGAGUUUCGUCCUCCAAUGCAUCAUGAGUAUAUGCCACGCGGACCGCCUAUGCAUCACCAUGGGCCUCCACAUAUGCAUCCUGGACCACCGCAUCAUCACUAUAUACCUCGUCCGUAUAUGCCACGUCCACGAGUACCUUUUGAAAAACCAGACCACAAGAAGGACAAAUUUCCCAACUAUCUACACCACGUUCAACCGGAAGAUGAUCCUUUGGCUACCAGAACACUAUUCGCUGGUAAUUUGGAAAUAAAUAUAUCAGAUGAUGAGCUUCGCCGUAUCUUUGGAAAGUACGGUAUUGUAGAAGAUAUCGACAUUAAGCGGCCACCGCCAGGAACCGGAAAUGCGUUUGCAUUCGUGCGAUAUCAAACCUUGGAUAUGGCACAUCGCGCAAAGGUGGAGCUAUCUGGUCAAUAUAUUGGAAAGUUCCAGUGCAAAAUUGGAUAUGGUAAAGCUACACCGACUACUAGAAUUUGGGUUGGAGGGCUCGGCGCGUGGACCUCAGUCACACAAUUGGAGCGAGAGUUUGACCGAUUUGGGGCAAUCAAGAAAAUCGAAUACAGCAAGGGAGAUACUCAGGCAUUUCUUCUAUACGAUUCGAUCGAUGCUGCAACUGCUGCUGUCAAAGAAAUGCGUGGUUUUCCGCUUGGUGCUCCGGAUCGCAGAAUUCGAAUUGAUUUUGCUGAUAACGGUACGACGCCACCGUUCCCGAAACGGGGAGCAGGAUUUGAUGAAGGUGGUGAGUAUCGCCGUGGUCCAGAAUUUGACUUCGCUGAAGGAGCACCGUCAUACGAUGAUGCACCUAGUUACGGAGGAUAUGGUGGACGACCUUUCCGCGGUCGUGGUGGAUUCCGUGGUCGGGGAGGUUUCCGCGGUGGUUUUCAUCAUAGGGAUGGUCCCCCGCAUCAUCAUCACGGAGAAGCAGACGAAUGGCGUCGCCCUGCUGGCGAUGGAGAUUAUGAGACGCGUCGUCGAUCAGGUUCUCGCGAGCCGGGAAUAGACAGAUCUCGUUCCCGUUCACCGCGUCGUCGCAGCCCUGCUGAUUCAGAUUCGGAUUCUUCUACCCGUAGAACUGGAAUGUUAUCUAACGCAAGAACUCUUCCGGAAGUUGCACGGAAAUCGACUACAGUUUGGCAAGGUGCUCUUAUCUUGAAAAGUUCACUGUUUCCGGCUAAAUUCCAUCUAACAGACGGAGAUAAUGAUAUUGUGGAGAGCCUAAUGAAAGACGAAGAAGGCAAACAUCACCUUCGAAUUACUCAGCGUCUCCGUUUGGAUCAACCCAAGCUGGAAGAUGUGCAAAAACGUAUCUCGACAUCAUCGUCGCAUGCAAUCUUCCUUGGUCUACCGGGUUCAACCUCUUCCGUGGCAUCGUCCGAUGAUGCUAGCGUUCAGACGCGUCCCUUGCGCAAUUUAGUUUCCUAUUUGAAACAGAAGGAAGCAGCAGGAGUAAUAUCUCUACUGAAUAAGGAAACUGAAGCUACCGGUGUAUUGUACUCAUUCCCACCGUGUGAUUUCUCGACAGAAUUACUGAAACGCACGUGUCACAAUUUGACGGAGGAAGGACUUAAAGAAGAUCAUCUGGUCAUCGUGGUGGUUCGAGGUGGAACGGCCUGAGUGGUUGAUGAAGCCAACAACUAGUGCGUAAGGUACAUGUUUACUUUUUUUAAGAUCAAACUAUUCAUAACAAACACGUAAUCGAACACCCAAACCCAAUCAAUCAUCAUUAAACACCCAUUGGAUACAAAUGACCUGCUCUCAUGAUUGUUUCCCCUCCAUCAGCGCACAAAAGAAUCUCGCAGCAGAAAAACAAUAAUAACAGAACAAAGAAGAUCGCGCGAAACUUCCGGUUGCCCUCUUUGCACCGCUGCUCGAUGGAAAGCGUUGUAAACGUGAUAUUGUAAUCGAAUCCGAUUUACAGAUGCACCGGCUAUGUUGGUUUCUUCUCGGAAGUGGUGUUGAUGAUUAUGAUGAAGACGAUGAUGAUCAUGAUGAUAAUAAGUGGUGGAGAGCGUCUGUGAGAAUUUUGUGUGUAUUGAAGUGAUGAUCAGCGGUACAGUGCCAAGUGCUUGUGGAUAUUCGGACACAAAGAGAAAGAAACGGGGAUUGUUAGCAGAUAUACAUGACGUGCACACAGGCAGACGCCGAACCGGAGCCCCGACAAUUGUGUGCAUCGAGUGAUUAGUGGAAGUGUAACACCUAACGGCACAUUGUAGUUUUCAGUAGUAGGAUAUAUGCUAAACCAAUUUUGUAGCAGCUCGUCACUACUAGCGUGAGAGAGCCAUCUCCCCUUCCCAGACAUUUUGCGAAAUGUAUAAUUAUUACAUUGAAUUUUUCUGUCGCAAGCCUUUUCUCCUGAUAUUUUAUUCAUUCAUUCUUUUAUUUACUAGUUUUUUGUGGCUCGAGAGAAAAGAUGGUUCUUUCUCAUGUUCCCAUUUCAGACAUCAACGAUGAAAGUGAUUGUAUAAUUUGACGUAUACAUUUAACAUGUUUGAAAGCGCAAAGUAAAUGAAUAUGAAGAUGACAAAGAUUUUAAACGAAGAAAAUGUGAGACUAAUUCGCCAAUUCUCGUUAAUGUAUUACGCAACACUAGUGUUUAACGGUGUACUAUCUUUCAACAACAGAAAAAAACGAAACAAAUAUUACUACAUGCUUAGACUAAAAUUGUAUGGAACCACAUAAAGUAAUAUAUUUAAUAGUUUUGUGAAAUAAUUGAAAAAAGUAUCUAGAAGCUAGAAAAUCUGUGCUGAGUGAAUAGCCACGGAAAGUGGAUACAGCAUACAAACGUUAAGGUUUAUUGUUUAUUCAGAGUGAUGAAAUGAGUCUCGACCAACGUUCAGUUUUUGUCCUAUGUUGUGAUAAGUUUCCCACCCUUAUAACAUUUGAUAGAACCGUUUUGUGCAUGUUUUUAGUAGAAAAAUAACAUUGCUUGGGAAAUUGGUGAAAAAGUGGCCAUUAUACUGGCAAUUUUAUGGGAAUUUUCACUCAGUAAGAAAGUUUCCUACAUUUGUGCGGUGUAAUCUACCUCGAUGCACAAUUAAAUCAAGUGGGGUAGCAGAGUGAUUUCAUAUUUUUCUCCCUUAAGUUGGUGGUGCCAGUUGUGAGCUGAGUUUAGUAGUCUUGUGUUUGUGCUUUAGUUGUGUUUCCUCUUCAAGUUGAAUGAAUAUUGAAAGUUUUUUUUGUGUUUCGAAGCUCUUCUGCCCUUUCGUGUACCAGGCAAACUGUGCUCUCUGCUGAUACAAGCGUUUCAAUCCUGUAAAGUGACUGUUUGUAGUUCAGUUCAAGAUUGACUCUUGCUCCAGUGUGGUUUAGUGCGGGAAUGAAACGUAUCUUCUGGACUUUCUCAAAUAUCCAGUGCUUUUCGUUGUGAUAUAAAUUGUGAACUUCAUUAAAUGGUUUCCUAUCUUUCGAGGAAAAGUGUUCAAAGUGGGAUCAAGAUAACCUCCAGCUUUAUGUCUGUGCGUGCGUGUCUGCUAGCACUGACCAGCUGAUGGAAUAUACAAAGCGCUUACAAUAGAAUGUAGCAUUUGUUGUUAAAAUUCUGAUUUUGAAAUUGGUUUUACAAAUGUUACUUUGUAUUAAAAGGCGCUCUUUCACAAACGGCAGAUCGAUGCUUUCUAUUUUUCACCUGUUAUCAAUAAAGUGAAGAACACAGGAAUGAUACAGUUUUCGGUUAGUUUUGUUCAAUUCAGUUUGGUUCGAAAUCUGAAGUACGAAAUGAAGAUCAGUAGUUGUGACAGUGGCUUUGAGUGGUAUCGAUAAUUGAAACAUAUUUCGGAAAACUACUGUUCAUAUGAUGGAUGACAGAAUAUUAUAAAUACUAUUUCUGCUAAAUACAAACAGUUACUCUUAAUAAAAAUUCAAAUGUACCCAGGAAAAAACAAAUAAAAUGCGUGCUUCAAAUAACAUGUGCGUUUUGCUGAAACGGUUCGUGAGAAAUUGGUGUAAUAUUGUGAUUCUUGAAAGUUGUCUUGGUGUUGACUGUUUUUCGGAUCGAGUGAGUGAACGAAUUUUAUCUGGUUGCGAUAACAAUGAAGACAAAAAUGUGGUUGAAUGUGUCGUGCUUGGUUCGUACAUAUAAAAUAUCACAUAUUGAGUACA